CUCACUUCGUCUCUCGUCUCAAGACCGAACACACACAAAUCACUUUCUCACUGUCCCUCGAAGACUUGCAAGAUGAGCGGCAACAACGGCAAUUCGUACACGCGCUCCGGUGUGAACAGCGAGGGCAACUCGUACCGGGUCGGGGCCCCCAGCGAGUCCAACUCCAACCCGUACCAUUACUCGAACCAGAACGCCAGGAACGGUUCCUAUUAUUACAACAAUCCCAACAACAGCACUUACUAUGACAGCGGCACGGGGUACUCGCGGUACACUGCCCCCAGUGGCAAUGUCAGGGAGUCCUACAGCGGUGGCAGCCAGGGCAGCAAGAAGUCAGAAGCAAGGCAUCCAUAUGUGUCUGGUGUAAGAUCAUCAGAUGCAGGACAAGGGCCGCCGUCGGAAGUUUGGGUAUUUGUCGGGCUCGUUGUUGACUUAAGAAAGCCCCGUGAGGGCGAAAGGGGUGAAGCAGAAAGAGACAAGAAUAAUAUUAUCAGGACUUCUGCCACUGAAGCAGUAAAUCGGAAGGGUUGCACUUAGCCCUAUGUGAUCGGUCUGUGAGCUGCUCCUUUUUCUGGAUGUCGAUAUUCCCCUUUCCCCUGGAGCGUAAGUCAAGUGGAAGGCCUGGAAAGGGGUGGAGCAUUUCUGGGUGCCUGGGCUAGGCUGGUUACCUUAGCCUUCCUUCCGUCUUGCCCCCCCUUUCCCCUGCCUACCUUUGCCUGCCUGAGGGAGUGUUUGAGGCAGGUAGCUGGGUAGCUUGUUCUGGGCAGACAUUUCAGAUUCUGAAAGGAAAGAGCAACGGAAGUAGUCACCUCCCCAUCUCAUUUAGACCAUAGAUCAGGUGCCCAUGCUCAUGGUAGCUACCUACCUAAA